AUGCUCCUUCGGCCCGCCGCCGCCGCCGCCAAGAUCGCACACCGCGCCAUCGCCUCGUCCUCGUCCCCCUCCUCCCUCUCGAUCGCCGCACCUCGCCUCGCCGCCACGCGCUCGGCAGCUCGCCAGCUCUCGACUCGAGCAGCACCCCAGUGCUCCUGCCCACCCUCACCCACCUUCAACACCGCGCUCGCCCGCUUCAACUCGCCCGCGCCCUCGUCGACGGCGGCGGCCAUCUCCGCCAAGGUCGGCUCGCCCCGCUCCCUGAGCACUCACUCGGUCGUCGGCCUCCUGCGCGCACGUGUCGCCAGCGCCCGUGCCCUCUCGACCGCCGCCGCCGCCGCCGCACCACCUCAUCCCGCCGUCGUCCUCGACCAGGCGUCGUCGUCGUACCCGGACCCGCCCGAGGUCCGCCUCACGGCCCCAGGCGUCGGCCGCUACCUGUUUGUCAUCGCCGGCCUCGUCUUCUGCAUCGUCGUCGUCGGCGGCAUGACGCGCCUCACCGAGAGCGGCCUGUCCAUCACCGAGUGGAACGUCGUCAAGGGCGUAAAGCUCCCCAUGUCGCAGCUCGAGUGGCAGGACGAGUUUGACAAGUACAAGAGCACGCCCGAGUGGCAGAUCAACAACCAGCACAUCACGCUCGACGAGUUCAAGACGAUCUACCUGUGGGAGUGGGGCCACCGCAUCCUCGGGCGCGUCAUCGGCCUGUCGUUCGUCGCCCCGAUCCCGUACUUUGUCCUGCGCGGCAAGCUCGGCAAGGGCAUGUCGCUCGCCCUGUUUGGCAUCGCGACCCUGAUCGGUGGGCAAGGCGCCCUCGGGUGGUACAUGGUCAAGUCGGGCCUCGACGCCGACAGCGUCAAGGACCUCGGCGGCGUCCCGCGCGUGAGCCAGUACCGCCUCGCGGCCCACUUGGGCAUGGCCUUCCUCGUGUACUCGUCGUGCCUGCGCCUCGGACUCGGCGUCGGCCGCGACUGGAAACUCGCCAAGAAGGCGCAGGGCCUCGCCGGGCUCAAGUCGGUCACCGAGACGCUCAACGUCCUCCAGGGCAAGGUCGCAGGCCGUGCGCGCGUCUUGACCACCAUCGUCACGGCGCUCGUCUUUACCACCGCUCUCUCGGGCGCGUUUGUCGCCGGCCUCGACGCCGGGCUCAUCUACAACGAGUGGCCGACGAUGGGCGGCGGCCUGCACCCGGGCAUGGGCGAGCUCAACAAGGACUUUUACUGCCGCAACGAGGACAAGUCGGACCGGUGGCGCAACGUGACCGAGAACCCGACGACGGUCCAGUUUGACCACCGCAUGCUCGCCUACACGACGUUCCUCUCGGUCGUGUCGUUGUUCGCGUUCGCGCGCCGGCCGCACAUCCGGGCCCAGCUCCCGCCGACGACGUACCGGCUUAUCAAGGCGUCGCUGCACAUGAGCCUCCUCCAGGUCGCGCUCGGCAUCUCGACGCUGCUGUACCUCGUCCCGACGCACCUCGCCGCGACGCACCAGGCCGGCAGCCUCGUCCUCCUCAGCUUGGUGCUCGCUGCCGGCGCGAGCUUGAGGAGGCCCGGGAGCAGGGUCGUGCAGGAGGCGCUCAGGAUGUCGCAGCUGAGGCAGAAGGCGGCCCAGAUCAAGGUCUAGCCUGCCCCGUCGUCGUCGUCGUCGUCCGUCGUCGUCCGUCGUCGUCCGUCGUCGUCGUGCGGCUCUCUCUCCCUUUUCCUCUCUUUAGACAUUCUCCCCACUCUCCUCCCUCGUUCUGUACCGUCCCUCGUUGGACCGCAUUGCACCCCGUCGUUCUACCCUUUC